AUUCUAAUUUAUCCCUGAAUCCUGUGUGCGCGGUUCAGGGUUUCCGUCCGAUGGCAGAGAAGUCCUUCACAUUCAGAAGCCAAGUUCAAAGCGCAUUUUGUGUGAUUAGAGCAGUGCCAAGUGACCGGGAACCGAGGCCAGGACCCAGAGCUAUAAUUGUGAAUAGUUGAAUUGUGUUGUGUGUACUUAGGAGGAGGACACAUUCUCCUGCAUUAUCACCGCAAGUGCCCCAUAGUUAGUCGUUUUAGCGCAAUGUUCGUUCUGCUAUCUGUUUGUUACAGCCCCAGUUGCAAAGCGAAAAGCUAGUUGAACUUUGUUGAACUCUCUACGUACGAACAAAAAAAAAAGGAAAACGGCCUCAAGUGUACUUAAAUGUUAAAUACCGCUGUUGAAAGCUGAUUGUUAUACACAGAAGAAAUUUUCCUUCCCGAAUGUAAUGUUUGUUGAUGUUUUUCCCCGUUUAUUCUGCGCCAGAGCACCCUUCGCCCGAAUGUUCCACGUUUUCGGUGGCGACGGAAGCGGUGCGUAACUUUACACAUUGUUAACCCGAAUAUAUGUAAUAAAUACUGCAGAGUGCCUUCUGUUACCCGCGUACCAGACCAGACAGAUACGUACUACGUACCCUUUCUGAAUACUGUUGGCUGGGAGAGGUACACGGUAAUAAAUAUGUAGGGUAAUGUGCCUUCUUAUGCUAAGAAAAAAGAAACUGGAGAAAGAGCUUUGCGGCCAAAAUUGACAGCCGGAACAGAGCAAUAAAUAACUCGUAAGGGAAACGUCGUCACCGCCGUACGGCCUCCUCACGCACGUGACUUUACGCUGAUCCUGCAUCUUGGGUGGACAACGCUAAACGAAUGAUGGCGAGGAUGAUGGCGGGAUUUUUCCAGGAAAUUGCUUCGAGUGCCCUUGCCGUGCCACUCACGGACCGUCGCCGUCUGCCGUUGUCAGCAGCAGCAGCAGCCGCUGCCACCGCAGCAACAUCAAAGCACCAUGUCGACUCUGUCGCUACGAAUCAGCUUGGAGGGCGGGCGAGUCACAAAGACGAUCCAGUUCGACCCAAACACGACCGUGUUCGAUGCCUGCCGCAUCAUCAAGGACAAAUUCGCCGAAGCGGUGCAGGGAAAUGCACAGGAAUUCGGUCUGUUUCUGGCGGAUGAGGACACCCGGCAGGGCGUCUGGUUGGAACCGGCGCGAAACCUUGGCUACUAUCUGUUGAGAAACCACGAUGUGCUGGAGUACAGGAGGAAGCACCGAAACCUUCGGGUGCGGAUGUUGGACGGAGCUCUCAAGACGAUUUUGGUAGAUGAUUCCCAGCCUGUUUCGCAACUGAUGGUGGUUAUUUGUACCAAAAUUGGUAUCACGAACCAUGAAGAAUAUGGUCUCGUUCGUGAAGACCCGGAAUCGCAGAACGAAAAUCUUCCGGAUAAUAAGUCCAACAUGGGCACGUUGACACUGCGCCGUAAGUUCGCUGAUCGUGACCGUGACGCUAAGAUGGAAAGCUUGAGAAAGAAACUGCGAACGGAUGACGAAAUCCAUUGGGUCGAUGUAGGAAAAACGCUUCGAGAGCAAGGAAUUGACGAAUCGGAAACGGUGCUGUUGAGGCGAAAGUUCUUCUACUCGGAUCAGAACAUCGAUUCGCGGGACCCGGUGCAGCUUAAUCUGCUUUAUGUUCAAGCUCGGGAUGCCAUCCUGGACGGCACUCAUCCGGUAACUCAGGAGAAGGCAUGCGAGUUCGCCGGUAUUCAGGUGCACAUUCAGUUUGGUGAUUACAACGAGUCCAAGCACAAACCGGGAUUUUUGGACCUUCGAGAGUUUCUGCCCGGUCCAUACGCUCGCGUCAAGAGCAUCGAGAAGAAAGUUUUCGCAGAACACCGCCAGCAUCAAGGCCUGACCGAUCUGGAUGCCAAGUACCUCUACACGAAAACGGCUCGCGAACUACCUACUUACGGAGUCACCUUCUUCCUGGUUAAGGAGAAAAUGACCGGUAAGAACAAGUUGGUGCCCCGUCUACUCGGCGUAACCAAAAGCUCUGUCCUGCGGCUGGAUGAAACAACGAAGGAAAUCUUGAAAACGUGGCCGCUGACUACGGUACGACGUUGGGGUGCUUCGCCCAAUACGUUCACGUUGGACUUUGGCGACUAUGCCGAUCAGUACUACUCGGUGCAAACGACGGAAGCCGAACAGAUAGUGCAGUUGAUUGCCGGCUAUAUCGAUAUCAUCCUGAAGAAGAAACAGGCCAAGGAUCAUUUUGGAAUUGAGGGCGACGAAGGAUCAACCAUGGUGGAAGAGAGUGUGGCACCGUCGAAGGCCACAUUUUUGCAACAUGAAGAAACGACCCCCUCCGGUAAAGUGGAAACGCAGUCCAUUGCGAAACCGGCCAUCAUGCGCGGUUAUGACGGCGAACGUCCCUAUGGCACUGGCGAGAUGCAAUCGAUGCAAUACGGAGCCAUCGUAGGGCAGGUCAAUCUGGCUCAUCAACCUCCAAUGUUGCAACAAACACGCAUCAGUACGGUUCUGUCGGAACCACAGAGAGCCCUUGUCGGAUACAUCUCCGCCGGUCAGGAUGCCAUCAAUAAAGCUGAAAAAGAUCUGGAGAGCAAGGCACAACUACCUCCGCUCGGAACGGACCCUGGAUCGCUACAGUGGCGCGAAGAAACCUUGGACACCUCCAAGCAAACCGUCACCACUCAUCUGGCGACGAUGAACGCAGCCACGGCCCAGGUUGUGACCGCCUCACAACCGGACGAAAUCGAUCACGAUGCCGUCGGGGCUGCCGUUUCGCAGAUCACCCAGAGCAUCCCGGAGGUCACCAAGGAAGUCCGGCUGAUCGCUGCCCUGAUGGACGAUGAUUGUACGGGCGAUAAGCUGCUGGAAGCAACCAGGAAACUAUGCUCGGCGUUCAGUGACUUGUUGAAAUCGGCCGAGCCGGAAAGCAAAGAACCACGACAGAAUUUGUUGAAUGCUGCUAGCCGUGUUGGCGAAGCCAGUGGACAGGUGCUCAGCAGCAUGGGCGAAGAAAGCAUUGAAAGCCGUGAGUUGCAUGAUAUGUUGCUCGGCCUAGCAAAGGCGGUUGCCAAUACAACAGCAGCCUUGGUGUUGAAGGCCAAAUCGAUUGCAGCCGUCACUGAAGACGAAGCUACACGAAAUAAAGUUAUUGCUGCCGCCAGUCAGUGCGCUUUGGCCACCAGUCAGCUGGUUGCAUGCGCUCGCGUCGUUGCGCCAACGAUUCAGAGUCCAGCUUGUCGUGAACAACUGGAAUCAGCUGCCCGCGAAGUGGCAAAAGCUGUGGCCAACCUUGUUGAAGUUUGCAAUGAGGCCACCGAUAAUCAACAGCUACGCGGUGACCUCAUGAGUGCCGCUAAGGACGUGUCCAAGACAUUGGCCGAACUUCUCGAACACAUUAAGCUGAGUUCACGUGAAAAGGCUCGUCGCGUCGAUGACAACCCUGUCGAAGAAGUUUUGGUUGCCACGGAUAUUCUUGUUUCUGCUUCAGACCCACAGGAAAUGAUUCGCCAAGCGCAACAACUGGGCAAAGCUACUGCUAUGCUGAUUCAGAGCAUCAAGGGUGAAGCCGAACGUCAAGAGGAUUCGAAUCUACAACGAAAACUGCUGGAAGCUGCCAAGCAGCUCGCCGAUGCCACCGCUAGAAUGGUAGAAGCAGCCCGAUUAUGCGCCGGUAACCCACACGACUCCGGUCAUCAAGAAUCACUUCGUAUCGCUGCGGAGGAACUUCGCGUGAUCACAACAACUACCGCCAACACCCCAGAAAUCAAACGCAGACUCAUCAAUCGUCUUGAACAGUGUUCCAAACAUGCAGCCGCAACUGCUACACAAUGCAUCACUGCAGCACAAAACGCUCUAAUCCACAGCAACGAUGUUCAAACCAAGGCGAUCCUACUGCAAGAUUGUCAAACCGUGGCAGAUCAAAUUCCACGUCUGGUCGCUGGAGUCAAAAACACCCUUUCCCGUCCGGACGAUCCCAAUGCUCAACUUGGUUUGAUCGAUGCUGCUGAAAUGUUCCUGGAACCAGGAGCACAGGUAGCCCAAUCAGCUCGAGACCUUCAACCGACCGUAAUGGAUUCGGCCGCUUCACAGCAAUUGUCCCGAUCUGCCUUGAACCUUAGUCACGCUAUUCAUGAUCUACGAUCGGCAGCACACCGUGCCAGGGAAGCCUGUGGAGGCAACGAGCUGGAUGCCGCCCUGGAAGCUGUGCGUAACUUGAGGAAUGUUCUGAAUGACACUCGCCGUGCAGGCCAAGAAGGCAACUUGCGCCCUCUUCCCGGUGAGACGGCGGACAGCUGCUUCAAACAACUAGCAGGAGCCAGCAACAACGUGGAAUCCUCCCUUUAUCAACUCAUGUCAGCUGUUCAGCAAGGUAACCGUACCUACGCUGGUGUGGCCGGAAGAGACACUGCCCUCGCACUUGGGGAAUACACCAAGAGUGUCCGUGGGGUGGUAGCGACAACCAAGAACCCCGGAGUUGUCGACUGCGCUGAUCAGGUGAUUCUUGAUUCGAUUCUGGUGAUCGAAGAAGCACAGAAAACGCUGCAAAACCUAGACAAUCAAGACCAACUGGUUCAGGUAAUGAAGCGGACCAAAGGCUCACUGGGUAGAACCAUCGACUGCUUCCCGGGUGUGAAAGAUAUAAACGAAGCCUAUGAAAACAUGGCAGAUCUGCGAGCUAUCCUGGAUACGGGUGAGUUCCCGCCUUCAACCCGCGCCUAUGGCCAACUGCAGAAUGAAUUGAAAAGCGCCGCUGAAACUUUGAACGUUGCUGGUGGUCAGGUCGCACACUCGUACGACAGCUCCAUCAAAUUGGCCAAUACCAGUCAAGAUUUCUAUCAUGCCUACAAAGAGCUUUUGACUGUCACAUUGGAAAUGGCUGGUCAAACCGUUGAGGAUCGAGCCCGCGAAGAGAUUGUCAACUCCUUGCGUGGUGUUUCCAAUCAGUCGGCAACCUUGCUGGGAACUGCCAAAUUUGUAGCUGGAGAUCCGGACAGGCCCAACGCCAAGAACGAACUGUCUUCGGCGGCUCGUAUGGUGACGGAGAGCAUCAAUCGCUUGGUAGAUGUGUGUACCCAAGCAGCUCCCGGACAGAAGGAAUGUGACAGUGCCAUUCGCAGCAUUGAAUCUUUGAGACCACUGCUGGAAUCCGCUCAAGAACCGUUGACUGAUCAAGGAUACUUUGAUUGCUUGGACACCGUUAUGGAAAAGUCGCGCACUCUGGGCGACGGAAUGACUGGAAUCGCCAACAAUGCCAAGCUGUCUAAGCAUGUUGAGUUCGGGCACUCUGUUGAUUCCGUGUCUGACUCGAUUCGCGGGUUGAUUGAAUCGGCGGCUCAAGCUGCUUACCUGGUCGGUAUUUCUAACCCUACGAGCGUUGGAGGUCGUCCUGGAUUGGUAGACCAGUCCCAAUUCGCUCGAGCGUCACAGGCAAUUCGUCAGAGUUGCGAAGUCUUGCGCGGUCCAGCCAGCUCGCAGCAGCAGGUCCUUUCGGCUGCUACCAUCAUUGCGAAGCACACUUCGGCUUUGUGUAACGCUUGUCGUAUUGCUAGUUCAACGACCAAUAAUCCGGUGGCUAGGCGUCAUUUCGUCCAGGCUGCGAAGGAGGUUGCCAAUUCGACGGCUGAUUUGGUUCGUGAGAUCAAGGCUUUGGAUAAGGAUUACAGCCCGGUAUCACGAGCUCGCUGCGCUGGAGCAACGGAACCUUUGUUGGAAGCGGUGUCUUCUCUGUGUCAAUUUGCCAACUCGCCAGAAUUUAUUUCGAUUCCGCCAAGAAUAUCCACGGAGGGAAGAAAGGCUCAGGAACCGAUCCUACAUGCUGGACGUGGAAUUUUGGAUGGCGCAGUAGAUAUGGUGAAGACGGCCAAGGUUUUGGCCAUGACUCCUACUGAUCCUCCGGUGUGGCAACAGUUGGCCAUUCAUAGCCGCAAUGUUUCCGAGAGUAUUAAAAAGUUAGCUUCCAGCAUUCGUGAGAAAGCUCCAGGACAGUUACAGUGCGAUCAAGUACUCGAAGUGUUGAAGGCCUGUUCGAGGGAUCUGAACUCAGCCGCAUUGGCAGUGGGUGUUGAUGGCCUUCCUCAGCGUAAAGAAAACAACUUGCAAGGUUUUACCAAUCAAUCUUUAAAUGCGGCAUCGGAACUGAUCGAUCGCUUGGAACCCAUCAAAUCAUCUGCGAAGAAAAACGCCGAAAGUUUGGGCCAUGCGGUGAAUCAAAUCGCCAAACAUAUUGUUCCUUUGACCAAUGGCGUGAUCGGAGCUUGCUCGCACGUGGUACAUUCUGGCCAACAAACGGUGCUCAUCGAUCAGGUUAAGUCCGUUGUAGAAUGUUGCUCCCAACUGGUUCAGGUUGCCAAGAACUCGGGAGGAAAUCCUCGUGCUUCUCAUCUCCAUCCCGAAUUAGAUGAAGCUGUUGAGUCUACCCGUGAAGCAAUUCAGGAACUCAACGCCACGGUAGAACGCCUCUCUACAGAAAACGGAGUGGUAACGGGAUUGAUGGAACAAAUUUCUCGUUCCAUGUCCCGCAUCACCGACAAACGUCAGUCGUUCUUAGGCGCUUCCAUCAAUGACACUUUUGUGGACUACCAGACUCGUAUGGUUCAAUCGGCUAAGGAAAUCGCCCGCUAUGCAAAUGAGAUCAACGCCAAGGCUGCAAUCGAUCCGUCAAAACUGGCUCAACUAUCCGUUGAAAUGACUCACCACUACACCCAACUGGCGCAGGACUCUAUCGGUGCUUCGGCUAUGACCACAUCACCGGACGUAGCCAUUCGCAUUCGUCAAUCGGUAACCGAUCUUGGAAGAUCCGUGAACGUUCUGAUCCAAUCGACAGCCGGUAUUCGUAAGGACGACAGCUCCGGAUUGGUGGAAAUCUCCCGCGGAGCUCGCGAUGUUUCGGAAAAGGUUUCGCAGGUGCUGGCUGCUCUUCAGGCUGGUUCCCGUGGAACACAGGCGUGCAUCAAUGCUUCCAGCACGGUGUCGGCCAUCAUCAGCGAUCUAGAUACGACCAUCAUGUUCGCAACGGCUGGAACACUUCACUCCGAGGAGGAGGGCAAGUUCUCCGAUCACCGUGAGCACAUUCUGAAGACCGCCAAGGCUCUGGUUGAGGACACCAAGAUUCUGGUGGCAGGAGCUGCCGGAACGCAGGAUCAGCUCGCGGCCGCUGCCCAGAAUGCUGUCGCAACUAUCUUGCAACUAGCGGAGGCGGUCAAGCACGGAGCGGCCUCACUCGGUUCCAACCAACCGGACUCGCAAGUGAUGGUGAUGAACGCGGUGAAAGAUGUCGCUGCAGCACUCGGUGAGCUAAUAAACGCUACUAAGCUUGCAUCUGGUAAACCCAUUAACGACCCGGCUAUGAAUGAUUUGAAAGAUAGCGCUAAGGUCAUGGUGAUGAACGUCACCUCAUUGCUGAAAACUGUUAAAGCCGUCGAAGAUGAACACACGCGGGGCACCCGCGCCAUGGAAGCUACCGUCGAUGCCAUUUCGCAGGAGAUCCGCUCGAUGCAGUUCGCACCGGACAUGCACCGGGCCAGCUUGCAGCAGCUUGCGAAGCCGGAGGAUCUGAUCAACGUCACCAAGCAUGUAACGGCGGCCACGGCAAAGGCCGUGUCUGCCGGGGCUUCGAACCUGCAGUCGGACAUUGCGGCCGCUGCCAAUCUGGGCCGCAAAACCAUCUCCGAUAUGCUGGCGGUGUGCAAGUCGGUCGCGUGGUCCUGCGCUGAGACCCAGGAGUUGAGACAGAGGACGCUGGAUGCCGGAACUGCGGUGGCUGUGGCGUAUAGGGAUUUGCUGGAAGGUGUACUGCAUCGGUGCACCGCGGACGAGAGAAUGCACCUCUCGCGACGAGUGGCCAAGUGUGUUACGGAUUUGGUGGGAAUGGCGCAACUGCUGAAAGGAUCCGAUUGGGUAGAUCCUGAAGAUCCAACGGUGAUCGCUGAAAAUGAGUUACUGGGAGCGGCCGCUUCGAUUGAAGCGGCUGCCAAAAAGCUGGCCAGCUUGCGACCGAGGCGACAAGCGGAAGUUAAGGAGACGGAUGAAAAUCUCAACUUUGAUGAGAUGAUCCUGGAAGCGGCCAAAGGUAUCAUGGCUGCUUCAUCGGCUUUGGUACGCGCAGCGAAUGCUGCUCAACGUGAACUGGUAGAUCAAGGAAAGGUUGCUCGUCGCCCGUUGACUUCUUCGGACGAUGGCCAGUGGUCCGAAGGGUUGAUUUCUGCCGCAAGACUCGUGGCAGCCGCCACUCAUAGUCUAGUGGAGGCUGCCCAACAUCUCGUUCAAGGAACAGGCACCGAAGAGAUGCUAAUUUCUACGGCUAAGCAAGUUGCCAGCUCCACCGCUCAGCUUCUGAUUGCUUGCAAGGUCAAAUCCGACCCCAAUUCGGAAACUGGAAGGCGACUUCAGGCAGCCGGCAAUGCUGUCAUUAAGUCCACUGACAAACUCGUCCAGGCCGCUCAGCAAGCCAUCGAAGGCGAAGAAGAGCACACGCUAAGGCUAAACAGAAACAUGGUCGACGGAAUGGCCCAGGAGAUCAACGCUCGCUCUGAAGUUCUUAUGGCCGAGCGUCAGCUAAUGGAGGCCCAAAACAAACUAGUUGCCAUUCGCCAUGCCAAGUAUCGCCAGAAGCUAGCUGGUGGCUUUACUACCGAUAGCAGCGAUGAAGGCGGUGUUCAGCCACCAACCUUCGGCGGCUACCAAACCCCUUCGCCAAAGCCACACACUUUGCCAAAACCAGGAGCUUAUUCGCCAGCCACACCAGCUUCCUCGACCGGUACGUUCCCACGCCAACCUCAACAACAACAACAGCAGCAGCAGCAGCAACAACAACAAUCCAACACUUCAACCUUCCAAAGAUCAACGCUUCUCACGGCCAACGCCGUCCCGAAACCAUACCAAUCAGAUUCGAUCAAAUCCCCAACGGCCCUUGUCUCACCUUCGAUAAUCAACCGAACUUACGAAACGACCCGAGUGGAGAACUCUAACCUUAGUGCGAGUAAAUUUAACCGGGCACAUUUAGAUGCCGCCGUACAGGACCUGCAGAACAAGGUUCAACCGUUGAGCUCGUUCCGAUCGUCACCAAACCAACAACAGCAGGCGGGUUACGGAACCGUUACGUCGAGUACUACCACGACAACUGGUGCGACCACGAAUGGCACGUCGGGACCGCAGAACUACGAAGGAUUUACCACGAGAUACGAAACCCGUGUCUUUCAAAAUGCCGCCAGUAACACUAACGCAGCCCCUAACAACAACCUAAUGAAUGUAGAGCAGCAGUUCGCUAAACUAAACCUUGAGAACCACGAUCAGCAGCAACAACAGCUACAGCAUCACCAAUACAUGCAACAACAGCAACACCACCAUCAACAGCAGUAUAGCGGCAGCAGCAGUAGUAACUUUAGUAACCAGCCACAGCUGCUGCAGCAGCAAUAUCGCACCAGCCCACUAAACAGCACUAGUAGCAACCAACUGCAAACAAGUAGUAGUCAUAGUAACAAUGGUACGAUUAAUCUACUCGACAGUACCAGCGCCACCAGCAGCACCAGCAAGCAGGUCAUCACUAAAAAGAUCCACAUGACUUCGUCGUCGACGGUCAAAUCUUCCAGCAGCGAUUGGAAAUAAUCGAGCCGAUACAGGUAAAUGUUGUUGUAAUGUUAAAUAUUUGUGGUUAGGACGGAUUCGAUUGUUGAAACUAACUCGUGUGUAUUAUAGCCGGGAAUGCCGUAUGAGGAAAACUGGCAACAUCUAUGGUUGAGGUUGCCAGUUUUCUUAAUAUUUGUAGCCUUCAAUUUUAGAAAGUGUAAACAUCCCAAAUGUGCCUGUUAUUUUUAUCGCAGAACAGAAAAAACGUUGAUAAGUGUUAGAAACGCGAAAUGUUUGUCCCAAAACGACUGUAGCUUCCGUUGCGUCGAAAAAAAAUGUUGUUAACUCGAGCCUUAAAUAUAGGAUUAAAAUGUAGUGCUCCUCUUAUGUUCUUCUUCGAAUUCAAGCAGCAAGCAGCUUCAUGAAUCGUUAUUAAUUUUUUGUUAAGUUCACAAAAAAGUGACUAACUUUUGGAAGGUAAGAUUAAAUUAAAAAUAGCCAAAACAUUUUUUUUAAGAGAGCAACUAUAUUCACAAAGUGCCACCAAAACGACUUUUAACUCACACGUUCAUACUAAAAUGCAUAUAUUUUUACGUGCACAUUCAGAUCCUUAAGCAAAUACGCAGAUUGAUCUAUUUUACUCAAAAAAGAAAACAGUAUUGCCAAUAAAAUUCGAGAAAUCACUAAUGUGCCUCUUCACCGUUGUGAGAGAUAAUAAUUGACACACAAGAUAACCAUUCAGAUGAGAGUAUACUUACUAUUUUCGUUAGAAACAAUUGCACAAGUAUAUAGCCGAGAAACACCGCUGUUUGCCUUUUAUACGAAAAGAAACGAAACUAUUUUGAUAAACUAACUUAAAAUAUUUGCCAAUCGCUAACCGAGUGCCAUUCUCUUCGUUUGCAUUUGUGGAUAUUUUCAUGAUUUGGGUUAUUGCGCAAUACGAAGAGAAACGAAUUUCAGUUUCAGUAGUUUUUUGUACCACAUUUUUACGACAAAAGUUUUAGAGUAGCGUUGACAGUUCUAGACGAUUCAAAAACCGUUCAGCAGGUUCAGCAAAACUUUUAGAAUGGUACGAUACGCACACAAGAAGCAGUCAAACCCUAGCAAUUGUAACGAUAUGCGGUUUAGGUGAACCAACUUUUCUAUAGUGACUUUGAAAUGAACGUUGAAAUAGCCAAUUUGUGACAUAGAGUAUAGUAAGCAGCCAGAAAUAAUAGCAUGUAGAUGAGCAAACUUUAACGAACAACAGAUAAUAACAGAUAGAAGCAGACGCCAAGUACAUAAGUAUUUUCUAAUUGAACUGUGAAAACAUUAUACAUUAAUAACAAACGAGAAUCGACGAAGCAAAACGAUGCUUCUGCGCUUGUUGCCUGCCGUGUAGUAAAAGCUGGUAAUUACGAAGAUUGAAGCUUGGAAUUAUCCGAACCGCGUACAGCGGGAAUGUCGGAUUUAGGCCAGAGCAAAAGCAAAGUUUGAAACGAUAGAUGGAAGAAACGAGUAAUUUUUAACCAAUAAAGUGCUUUUAAAUUCA